AUGGCGCAAAAAACGACCCUCGACGAGUUUGAGGCCGUGUAUCCCAAGCUUGAGGAAGCUAUUUUGGAACAUGCGCGCAAGUAUAAGCUUCCCCAAGGGGAGCUUGACUGGCUGAAGGCUAACCUCGAGACUAACCCCCUCGGCGGGAAGUGCAACCGCGGCAUGUCUGUCCCCGAUUCCGUCUCUCUCCUCCUCGGCUCCGCCCUCAACGAGGAACAGUACUUCCAGGCCGCCACGCUGGGCUGGAUGACCGAGCUCCUGCAGGCCUUCUUCCUCGUAUCGGACGACAUGAUGGAUGGGAGCAUCACCCGUCGCGGCAAGCCCUGCUGGUACCGCCAAGAGGGCGUCGGCAUGAUCGCCAUCAACGACGCCUUCAUCCUCGAGUCGAGCAUCUACGUGCUUCUCAGGAAAUACUUCCGCAGCCACCCGGCCUACAUCGACAUUGUCGAGCUCUUCCAAGAGACCACCUUCCAGACCGAAAUGGGCCAGCUGUGCGACCUGCUCACCGCCCCGGAGGACAAGGUCAACCUCGACAACUUCUCCAUGACAAAGUACCAGUUCAUCGUCAUCUACAAGACCGCCUACUACUCCUUCUACCUGCCCGUCGCCCUGGCCCUGCACCAGCUCAACCUCGCCACGCCCAAGAACCUCAAGCAGGCCGAGGACAUUCUCAUCCCCCUCGGCGAGUACUUCCAGAUCCAGGACGACUACCUCGACAACUUUGGUCUGCCCGAGCAUAUUGGCAAGAUCGGCACCGACAUCAAGGACAACAAGUGCUCUUGGCUGGUCAACCAGGCGUUAGAGAUUGCCACCCCCGAGCAGCGCAAGAUUCUGGAGGGCAACUACGGCCAGAAAGACGACGCCAAGGAGGCGGUCAUCAAGAAGCUGUACGACGACAUGAAGCUCAAGGAGCGCUAUGAGGCGUUUGAGGAGAAGAGGGCCGGCGAGAUUCGUGCCAUGAUUGAAAGGGUUGACGAGAGUGAGGGCCUGAAGAAGGGCGUGUUUGAGGUGUUCCUCGACAAGAUCUACAAGCGAACCAAGUAA